AUCGAGUCUCGGUCAACUAGGUGAAACCGUACAUCUCUAAUCCAUUCCAUGUCGUCUCAAACUUAGAACGAGGUCGUCGUGUGUGGAUUGCAGGCCCGAAACUGACUUUGACAUGACGACAACAUCAGUACAUCCCGUGCACAGGUUCGGGAACAGGUAUGGCCGAUCGUUUCCCUCAAAACACAUGGAGUUCCGAACGCGAGGUCCAAGCGGCUCGGGAGGUACUAGGUCACAUCGAUCAGCUCUUCUCGACACCCCCAACUUCUGGCGUGACCUAGACUUGUCACAAACUCUCGGCGACAACGAGACUUACGGUCAUACGGGAUGCGUCAAUGCUCUCAGUUGGUCUCAUGAUGGAUCUCAGUUAUUGAGCGGGUCGGAUGAUGCUCGACUUUGCAUAUGGGAGCCAGACGAGGACACCGCACCAACAGCUCAAACACCUCACCCGCUUCGUCUGAAGGAAUCUGUACAAACAGCUCACCGGGCCAAUAUCUUCUCGGCAAAAUUUCUCCCCCAAGCAAAUCAUCCAACCAUAGCUUCUGUAGCUGGAGAUAGCCGGGUCAUGGUCUACGACGUAGAGCGGCUUGAGAGAACCAAUAGUGUCGUAGACGAGCUGGAUGGUCGAAGCGGUUCUGGGGUCAGAGAAAUCAUGUGUCAUACAGAUCGCGUGAAAAGAAUCAGCACCGAGGAUAACCCACAUGUCUUUCUGACCGUUAGUGAAGAUGGGACUGUUCGUCAGCACGAUCUACGAACGCAUCAUCGCUGCCGAACAGGACCAGGCCGUGGUACCAACUGUCCUGUACCUCUUCUCGAAGCCCCCGGUGGCAUAGAGUUAUAUACACUCAGCGUCUCGAAACUCAAUCCAUAUCUCUUUACGGUGGCUGGGACCUCGGAAUACGCUUUUCUCCAGGACAGAAGGAUGACGAGGCAGAUCACGCAAGAAUGGAGUCACCAGGUCGAUCCCGAUAGUCAAGUGCAGUGCGUUCGACGGUUUGGCCUGCCGCCGGGAGAACCGGGAGUUACAAGGAGAAGUAGAUGGGGAUCGCCAAGACACAUCACGGCGGUACGGAUGAGCCCCGAUGUAGCCGAAGAUCUCAUAGUCUCUUUCUCCGGGUACGGGAUUGCCUUGUACUCUAUUCACGACAAUCCCGGACUCGGAAACCGCUCCUCGCAAGAUGUUACCUCGGAUCGCCAGAAUCGGAACGUACUCAAGGACACUGCCAACGAGAUAGGACCUUCCGAGACCGGUGCAUCGGUGACAGGACCCAUACAUAAACAAAACGACCAAGAGGUCGUUCCAGCGACAAGUACGACGAUUCAGGAUGAUAUGGAAGUUGACCCAGUAGCUCUGGGUACUACCGCUCCGCCAGCUCAGGCGGCGUCUCGACAAUAUCACUUGAGUGAUUUCCUCCUGGACAAGAAUCAUGACCGUCCACUGUCGCCGUUCAGAUCGGCCGAUGGAACCGUAGAGACUGAAUCACUGCCCGAGGAUACACCAAGCCAGAGUGACGAUGAGGAUGUCAGCGAUGACGAUGACGACGAUAUGCAGGCGGAUGCAGUCGGUGUUGACGGACCCGAUCAAUCAGGCUGGGCGGGAGUGCCGAUCGUCUAUCCCCGGUCGACAUACAAGGGCGCACGAAAUGUGGAGACCGUCAAGGAUGUUUCAUUUGGCGGGGCACGAAGCGACAAAAUCUGUAGCGGUUCCGACGACGGUAACUGGUUUAUGUGGGACAAGACUACGGGCCGACUAGAAGGCAUCUGGGAGGGAGAUGAAUCGGUCGUGAACGUUGUGGAACAACACCCUUCCUUGCCGAUCUUUGCGGUCUCCGGCAUCGAUUCUACCGUCAAGGUCUUCGCUCCUCUUCACGGGUAUAACGGCCAGAGCAAAGGGAGGUUACAUCAUGCCGACGAGAUCAUUGAUUCCAACAAAAGGCCCGAGCCAUCGCCUGUGGGGUACAGUAUGCGCCAAUUCCGGGCUCUAAUUGAGAGUCGUCUGGACAGACAGAUGGCAGGCGGGGAUGACAGCGAUGAAGAGCCAGAAUGUCGCGUCCAGUAAUAAGAUAAAUAGAGAGAUUAUCAAGCAAGCCGGGAUUCUUUACAUUGGCAAUUUAUCGCUGCCCAUUGCGCUUCGACGCGACAUGUCACGGUCCGACGUGCAUGGCGUUGCGAUUCUCAUCGGCGGAGAUGAAACACGUAAGAAGCGAUGGAUAUAGUAAGA